AUGUCAUUUGACGAUUUAACUGAUAAUACCAAAUCUGUAAGGAACAUUCCAGGAGCGAAAUUUAUAGAACAUGUCACAGAAUUUUUACAAAAUAAAAAUGAGGAAAGUAUACUCCGCCUAGCAAGAGAACUUUUAUUGAAAUAUAAAUUUAUGGAACAUGCCUUUGUAAGUAGACAAAUUAACACUCAAAAAAAAAUUCCAGAAUUAAAAGAUGCCUUAAGAGUUGUGCAAUUACUUGAAAAAAGAAAGAAAAUAAAAGAAAAAAAAAAUUUAGAAACGUUUUUCCCCGUGGAAGAAUCUUUGUAUGCUAGGGGAAUCGUCCAAAAAACUGACAAAAUAUUGUUAUGGCUAGGGGCUAACGUAAUGGUUGAGUUUCCCUUUGAUGAAGCUACAGAUCUUUUAAAUCAACACCUGGAAAGAGCAAUAAAUUUAUCCCAAGAAAUGGAUAAUGAAUUAUUGUGGUUACAUGAACAAAUAACCACAACAGAAAUUAAUAUAUCAAGAAUUCAUAAUUAUAUUGAAUUGAAAAAAGGCAUGAUGGGAAAAGAAGUCGAUAAAAAAACUGAACAAGUAAAUUAA